AUGGUCAAGAAAGACAAGGGCAAGAAGGAGGCCAAGAAGGCCCGAGUAGCGGCCAAGCAAGAAAAGGUCGCCAAAAAGUCUGAAAAGAAGGCCAAGAACAAGAAGGAUGCCGACGACAGCGAUGUUGAAGAGGCCGAUCUGGAUGCAAUUCUAGCUGAAUACGCAAAGAAGCAAGAGCAAUUCCUCAAGGUCACCGAAGACACUGUCACUGGCCCAUCGCCAAGAAGUGCUUCCACUUUCAUCGCUUCACCCUCGGACGGUAGAGAACUUUUCCUCUUCGGAGGCGAACACUACAAUGGAGCCAUUGCGAAUUUCUUCAACGAUCUUUAUAUCUACAGGAUCAACUCGGACGAAUGGCGAAAAGUGACAAGUCCCAACUCACCCUUGCCUCGCAGUGGACAUGCUAUGUGUAGAGGCGGCAACACUGGAGGCAUUUACAUGUUUGGUGGAGAAUUCAGUUCGCCCAAGCAGGGCACUUUCUACCAUUACAACGACUUCUGGAGUCUGGAGCCAUCAACCAGAGAGUGGGCUAAGAUCGAGACCAAGGGACCAUCUCCAUCCGCACGAAGCGGUCACCGUAUGGUGGCCUUCAAGCGCUACAUCAUCCUUUUCGGAGGUUUCCAGGACACGUCACAACAAACCAAAUACUUGAACGAUCUCUAUAUCUACGACUGCCAGACAUUUCAAUGGCAUAUUCCGGUCCUGCCUCCGGCUGCCAUGCGUCCGGACCCCAGAUCAUCAUUUUCCUUCUUGCCUCACGAGACCGGCGCAGUCUUGUACGGUGGAUACUCCAGAAUCAAGACUUCGACCUCGGCUGGCAAGUCCAAGGGAGGUAGACAGGCAUCUCGCGUCAUCAUGAAGCCCAUGGUACACCAAGACACAUGGUUCCUUCGAAUCACGCCACCUCCUGCCGAAGCUCCCAUGAACACGUUGCCUACCGUUCGUUGGGAGAAGAGAAAGAAGCCAGUCAACUCGCCCAACCCAGCUCGCGCUGGUGCAACUAUGGUGCACCACAAGGGUAGAGGUAUUGCAUUUGGCGGUGUACACGAUGUCGAAGAAGAUGAAGAAGGCAUCGACAGCGAGUUCUUCAACCAGCUGUUGGCCUUCAACAUCGACCGUAAUCGUUUCUUCCAACUCAGUCUCAGGAAGCCGCGUGCUCAGCCUGCCAAGAAGCAAGGCGGAGGAAACGAGCGCGGUGGUCGACGUGGAAGAGGAAAAGCAGAUGAAGAAGAGCUGUUGCGCAACCUCGCUCUUAUCGAAGGAAAGGGCUCGUUGGACGAUGGCGAACUCCCUCUCAAACGUGACGACUCCGACGACGAGGAUGUCAAGAUCGAGAAGCCUGUACAGUACGAGAUGCCUCAUCCUCGUUUCAACGCUCAGCUCGCGGUCCAAGACGACACUCUCUACAUCUAUGGUGGCACAUUUGAGAAGGGUGAUCGCGAGUUCACGUUUGACGAGAUGCACAGUAUUGAUCUCGGCAAGCUAGACGGUGCCAAGGAGAUCUUCCGUCGCGAGCUCGAAGACUGGCAGGGUAGUGAGGAUGAGGACAGCGAAGACGAAGACGAGGAUGAGGAUGACGAGGAAGAUGAAAGCGAAGACGAAGCCGCUGGCACUUCCACUCCUGCCACCUCCGUUGCACCUGAAGAAAUCGCCAAGCCUGAAGAAGUGGCCAAGAAGCAAGCAGCAGAAGACGAGGAGCCAGAAGAUGAGGCUGCAACAGAAAAGUCUGACGGUCUUCCUGGCCCGCGUCCGUUCGAGUCUCUGCGUGAAUUCUUCACUCGCACCAACCACCAGUGGCAAGACAUCAUUCUGGAGGAGCACAAGUUCAAGCACGCAACCCAGAUCACCGAGAGAUCGGUCAAGGAGAUCCGCAAGAGUGCAUUUGAACGUGCUGAACAGAAGUGGUGGGAUGUCAGAGAAGAGAUGCAAGUCUUGGAAGAUGAACAAGAAGCUGCUGGCAUUGGUGAGGUUGUUGCACUCGAGUCUCGGGGUGAAGGUAGCGGUGGCGGCGGUGCUGGUAGGAGAAGAUAG